GCUCCGACCGCAUUUCUCUGUGCAGGCCACUGGGGAGAACACAUGGGAGGCGAUGGAAGAAUGCUGACUCCAUAACGCUGCCUUGUGCUUCCACUGAUGCCACCUCUGAUCCGGCCGUCAGAGGGGGACGCCCGCGCUCCGCUGCGCGGGGAGAGAGAAGCACUCGGCUCGCGCCGUCAUUACCGUCUGGCAGUGUCUGCGGAGGGCCGAUCGAUGGCGUGGCUGAGGGACCCCGCGGCGGUGUGGACCUGCCUGCUGGCGCUGUGCGUGCACGCGCGUGCGGCCGGCGGCUGGCCGGCCCUGCAGGAGCCGCAGACGCCGGCGGCCCCGCGCGCGGACCUGUCGGAGAGCGCCGAGGGCAAGGUGGAGCGGCUGGGCCUGGCGUUCAGGCGCAGCGUGCGGCUCCUCCGGGAGAAGAGCGCGCGCCUCGACCUGGUCUUCCUGGUGGACGAGUCGUCCAGCGUGGGCUCCGUCAACUUCCUGAGCGAGCUGCGCUUCGUCCGCAAGCUGCUCUCCGACUUCCCCGUGGCGCCCGCCGCCACGCGCGUGGCUCUGGUCACCUUCUCCUCCAAGACGCACGUGCUGGCGCGCGUGGACCACAUCUCCGCGCCGCGCGCGCACCAGCACAAGUGCUCCCUCUUCAGCCGCGAGAUCCCCGCCAUCACCUACCGCGGAGGGGGCACCUACACCCGGGGCGCCUUCCAGCAAGCUGCGAAAAUAUUGAGCAACUCGCGUGAGAACGCCACCAGGGUGAUCUUCCUUAUCACGGACGGGUACUCCAACGGGGGGGACCCGCGGCCCGUGGCGGCCCUGCUCCGGGCCCAGGGCGUGGAGAUCUUCACCUUCGGCAUCUGGCAGGGCAACAUCCGGGAGCUGAACGACAUGGCCUCGCAGCCCAAAGACCAGCACUGCUACCUGCUGCACAACUUCGCCGAGUUCGAGGCGCUGGCCCGGCGUGCGCUGCACGAGGACCUCCCGGCGGGCAGCUACAUCCAGGACGAGCCGUCUCGCUGCGCGUCGCUGUGCGAGGAAGGCCGGGACUGCUGCGACCUGAUGGCCAGCUGCCUGUGCGGCACGCGCAGCGGCCAGUACGACUGCGUCUGCGAGAGGGGCUACUACGGCAAGGGCCUGAGGCACACCUGCACAGCCUGUCCUCCUGGUACCUAUAAGCCGGAGGGCUCCCCUGGAGGGCUGGGGACCUGUACCCCCUGCCCUGACGAGCUGCACACCUCCCAGCCUGGCAGCACCUCCAUCAACGACUGCGUCUGCAAGCCAGGGCACAGCCCCGUGGGAGAGACCUGUGAGGUGGUUCACUGCCCAGAGAUUUACCCGCCAGAAAAUGGCUUCUUCAUCCAGAAUGUGUGCAACAACCACUUCAACGCUGCCUGCGGGGUUCGCUGUAAGGCUGGGUUCGACUUGGUGGGAAGCAGCAUUCGCCUGUGCCAGCCCAACGGAGACUGGUCAGGCACAGAGCCACGCUGCAGAGUCCGCACGUGCCCCCCCCUCUCCCCGCUCCGGCACGGGCGCCUGAACUGCACGGAGGGCGGCGCCCCCUUCAGGACGCGGUGUGAGGCGCGCUGCGCUGCGGGGUACAGGCUGGAGGGCAGCGCCCGGCUCACCUGCCUGGCCAACGCUCAGUGGAGCGGGACCCUACCUCGGUGUGUGGAAAUCCGCUGUCCUCCGAUGAUGACUCUUAAAAAUGUGCUGCUGUCGCCCCCUACCUGCGGAGAGAGGGCCAUGAAGGGAGGCACGGUUUGCCAGCUGGCCUGUCGCCAAGGUUACAGGCUCCUUGGAGACCUGGAGGUCCGGUGUCUUCCCACAGGAGACUGGAGCACCAACGUGCACAAGGCCACCUGCAAAGACCUGGAGCCUCCUCGGAUCUUCUGCCCUGGGGAUGUGGUGGCGGAGACCGCAGAACACCACGGCUCGGCCAAUGUCAGCUGGGACGCCCCCCGCGCCCGGGACAACUCUGGCCAGGAGGUAGUGGUUCAGAUGACUCCGAUCUUCAUCCCUCCUCAGAUGUUUCCCAUCGGCGAGGAGCGGAUCACGUACACAGCCACGGACCGCUCAGGAAACAGGGCGAACUGCUCCUUCACAGUCAGGGUCAUAGAUACGGAGCCUCCUGUGAUUGACAGGUGCAGAUCGCCGCCCCCUAUCCAGGCGACAGUGACAGAAACUGUUGUUGUGUGGGACGUGCCGCAGUUUUCAGACAAUUCAGGGGGCCCUCUGAAAAUCUCCAGCACCCACUCCCCGGGGUCAGUGUUCACGGCCGGAGAGACAGUGGUGCGAUACACGGCCACGGACCCUUCCGGAAACAACCGAACCUGUGACCUGCAGGUCAUAAUUCAAGGGUCCACGUGUGACCAGCCCUUUGCCCCGGUGAACGGGGAGUUCUCCUGCACGGAGGAGGAGGGGGGCGUGAACUGCACCCUGUCCUGCAAGGACGGCUACAGCCUCGCCCGCGACUCCGCCCACAGCUACUUCUGUGCCAACAACGGCUUGUGGAACCCACCCUACUCUUCAGACCAGCCAGACUGCUCCUUGAACCGCAUCGCAAAUAAUGGCUUCAAACCCUUUGAAAUGCUGUUCAAAGCCUCCCGUUGCGAUGACCAAGACAUGCUCAAGUCCUUCACUGGAAACUUCAACAGCGCACUGGGUGGAGUGAUCCCAACGUUCUGCACUGGUGAUGACAUCACCUGCAAGCUGGAGAUGAUGUCACAGGGACAAUGCCUGGAGUACAACUACGAUUAUGAAAACGGAUUUGCCAUCGGUCCUGGAGGUUGGGGCAGUAACUGGGGACCCCAGGAAGGACAGGAGUAUGCAUAUUUUGACGUGGGCUUUGCCACUGACCGCCAAACAUCCCCACAACAGCAGAGUGUCACCACCCAAAGGACCUAUCCACUGAGGACUAAAAGGCAUCGCAAACCAACCGGCCCCACCAGGGACCAGAAGAUCCAGAUCUUCUUCAACAUCACAGCGAGCAUCCCGCUGCCCGUGUCGAGGAACGACUCGGCGGAGGUGGCCAAUCAGAGGAGGCUCCUGCGCACGCUGGAGCAGCUGACCAAUCGGCUGAAGAGGACGCUGAGCCGGCAGCCGCUGUCCACCUUCCACGUUUCGGCGGAGAUGAUCGUGGCCGACCCCAAGUCGCUGGAGAGCCGGAAGGCCUCCCUGUACUGCAGGCCGGGGUCGGUGCUGAACGGACGGAUGUGCGUUCAAUGUCCAAUCGGAACGUACUACUCGCUGGAGUACGUCACGUGUGAAAGCUGCUGGAUUGGCUCCUACCAGGACGUGGAGGGGCAGGUGGAGUGCAGGAUGUGUCCAGACGGGUUCUCCACUGCCUACCUGCACUCCCGCAGUGAAGCCGAGUGUAAAGCGCAGUGCAAGCCGGGGAGUUUCUCCCUGAACGGGCUGGAGACCUGCGAGUCCUGCCCGCUGGGUCAGUACCAGCCUGGGUUUGGGUCCAAACUGUGCCUGCCCUGCCCGGAGGGCAGCACCACUGUCAACAGAGGGGCGGUGGACAUAGGAGAAUGCGGAGUCCCGUGCACGGCUGGACACUUCUCCCGGUCCGGGCUGGUGCCCUGCUACCCCUGCCCGCGCGACUACUACCAACCCGAGGAGGGGCGGUCCUUCUGCCUGUCCUGCCCCUUCUACGGAACCACCACCAUCUCCGGGGCAACCACCAUCCAGCACUGUUCCAGCUUUGGCUCCAGCUUCCUGCCGAAGGAGGAGAGCGUAACGACCCCCCCGGAAGUCGUCCGGGUUGACUACCAGGCCAGCAGCCAGGUGUUCCACGAGUGCUUCCUCAAUCCCUGUCAGAACGGGGGCACAUGCGAGGAGGUGGGGGCCGGCUUCCUGUGCACCUGCCCACCGGGCUUCACAGGAUCGAAGUGCGAGAGUGACAUCGAUGAAUGCGACUCCAUUCCGUGCCGGAACGGCGGGAUCUGCAAGGACGGCGUGGGGGAUUUCGCGUGCGAGUGCCUGCCAGGCUACGCGGGCUCGCUGUGUGAGGCAGAGGUGAACGAGUGCAGCUCUAACCCCUGUGUGAACGGAGCGGUGUGCGUGGACGAGGUUAACCAGUUCACCUGCAGCUGCCUGGCCGGCUUCACAGGCGUGCUCUGUGAACUGGAGAUUGACGAAUGUCUGUCGAGGCCGUGUCUGAACAACGGCGCGUGCGAGGACUUGGCGGGAGGGUACAUCUGCACCUGUGCCAGGGGGUUCGCCGGGGACACCUGCGAGGUCAACAUAAACGAGUGCUCUAGCGCCCCCUGCCUGAACGGAGGCUCCUGCUUAGACGCCGUCAAUGAUUUUCUGUGCCAGUGCCCCACCGGAUACACAGGCAGGCUGUGUGAGGUGGAUGUGAACGAAUGUGACCCCAGCCCCUGUCUGAACGGAGCCAGCUGUGUGGAUGGCCAGGGCUCCUUCACCUGCAGGUGCCCUCCUGGGUUCAACGGAACCAGGUGUGAGACAGAGAUGUCCUCCUCCUUCAACCUGGACUUUGAGGUAUCCGGUAUCCACGGUUACGUCAUGAUGGACGGUGUCAUGCCCCCCCUCAAGGAGAUCACUUGCACCUUCUGGAUGAAGUCGUCGGACACCACCAACUACGGCACGCCCAUCUCGUAUGCGGUGGAGGGAGGCAGUGACAACGCCUUCCUGCUGGUGGACUACAACGGGUGGGUCGUCUACGUGAACGGGAAGGAGAGGGUCACGGACUGCCCGGCGGUGAACGACGGACGCUGGCACCACGUGGGAGUGAGCUGGAGAGGCAGAGACGGGGACUGGAAGGUGUACCUCGACGGGGCUCUCUCGGACGGAGGGAAAGGCUUGUCGGUUGGCACCACUAUCCCAGGAGGAGGGGCCCUGGUUCUGGGGCAAGAUCAGGACCAGAAGGGUGAGGGGUUUAACCCCGUGGAGUCUUUUGUGGGGUCCAUCAGCCAGCUCAACAUCUGGGACUGCGUUCUCACAGCUCAGCAAAUCAAAGCCCUGGCCACCAGCUGCCCCAAGGACAUUUCCAGAGGCAGCGUGUUAGCCUGGUCAGACUUCCUCACGGGGGCGAUGGGCAGGGUGAAGACCACAGCCGGCAGCAUCUUCUGUGCCGACUGCCGCCUACUGGAGAACGCCGUGCCUCACCUGCGCGCCUUGAGCCCUGCCGUCAGCCCCGGGGCCCAGGUGCAGCUGGCCUGCGAUCCCGGCUUCUACCUGGUGGGGGAGCCACAGCAGGAGUGCCUCAACAGGGGAGCGUGGAGCCACCCCCUGCCCCGAUGUGACAGGGUUGACUGUGGCCCGCCCCCGCCCCUGGAGUUUGGGCUGUAUACUGGGACUGAUUUUCACGCCGGCAGUGCCGUGACUUAUCACUGCAAUUCCGGCUUCUACCUGCUGGGGGAGCCCAAGAUGCUCUGUGCCAACGGCGGAACCUGGACAGGAAACCCCCCGGCCUGCCUGGAUGUGGAUGAAUGUGCCCUCGGCUCAGACUGCGACGCUCACGCGAGGUGCCACAACACCGACGGGUCCUACAGCUGCACCUGCGUGCAUCCCUACAGCGGCAACGGCAAGAACUGCACAGAACCAGUGAAAUGCAAGGACCCCGGUUUUCCCGAAUUUGGCCAUCGGGAUGGCAGCAUCUUCAUGAUGGGAAGUGAGGUAGUCUUCACCUGUGAGGAGGGCUACGAACUGAUUGGCUCGACCCACAUCACGUGUUUGGAGUCAGGAACCUGGGAUCUUCCUUUCCCAUACUGCAGAGCCUUAUCCUGUGGCAGGGCCAAAGUCCCGGAAAACGGAAUCAUGACGGGGAGGAAUUUCACUUUCGGAAGCAAGGUGACUUACAGCUGCAAGAAGGGCUUUGUGCUGAAGGGCCCAGUCGAGGUGCGGUGCCUGGCCAGCCUGAGGUGGAGCAGAGCGCCCCCUGUCUGUGAGCCUGUUGCCUGCGGGGAGCCCCCGGCGGUCCAGAACGCAAACGUCACCCUCACCGGACGGACCUUCCUGUCUACAGCCACCUACAACUGCACAGAGGGUUACAGACUGCAGGGUCCCGCGGAGGUCGUCUGUGAGGCGUCGGGACGGUGGGCCAGCCCCGCCCCUUCGUGCGUGACGGUGGACUGCGGAGACCCCCCGGCCCUGAAGGACGCCACCACUGUGGGACUCAACCACACCCUGGGGAGUCAGGUGCACUACACCUGCAAAGAAGGGUACAUCCUGCUCGGUCCGGAGACGCGGGAGUGCCUCCCGACUGGCAGGUGGAGCGAGAGCUCGGCCCAGUGUGCGCCCCGGAGCUGUGGCCCACCGCCGCCCAUCACCCACGCCUUCCCGGAGGCCAGCCACCUGCUCUUCGGCGACACCGCCAUCUACUUCUGCUCCGACGGCUACGUCGCCGCCAACAACUCCAAGGUGCUCUGCGACGCCCGCGGCGUCUGGGUGCCGCCGGAGGGCCAGGAGACGCCGCGCUGCAUCGCCAACUUCUGCCGGCGGCCGCCGGACCUGCCCCACGCCAUCCUGGACUCCUCGGUCAACAAGCCCAAGUACGCCAGCAGCACGGAGGUGAGCUACAAGUGCGAGGAGGGCUUCACGCUCAACACCACGGCGACGCUGCGCUGCGCCAUGGGCGGGGCGUGGGUGCCGUCGCCCUUCGACGUGGGCUGCGUGCCCGUGCGCUGCGCCAAGCCCGCGGGCAUCGAGCGCGGGUACGUGAGCGGGACCGACUACAACUUCGGGGCGGUGGUGGCCUACAGCUGCGACACGGGCUUCCUGAUCCGGGGCGAGAAGAGGCGGACCUGCAAGGGCGACGGGGAGUGGGGAGGGAGCCUGCCCUCCUGCCAGCCCGUGUCCUGCGCGAACCCGCCCGCCCUGAAGAACGGCGUCGCCAAGACCAAAAGCCUCGUGUUCAACAGCAAAGUAACGUACGCCUGCGACCCCGGAUUCCGCCUGGUCGGCAAGCCGGAGCGCGUCUGUCAGGCCAAUCGGCAGUGGUCCAACGACGACCCGCCCUCCUGCGUCCUGCUCACCUGCGAUGCCCCGCCCCCGAUUCUGCACGGACGCUACAAGGGCUCCAGAUACCAGGUGGGCCAGAAGGUGGAGUACGUCUGCGACGAGGGCUACGAGCUGACGGGGGACGCCGUCUGGACCUGUCUGAAGUACGGGAAGUGGGACGCCACCAGGACCCCCCGGUGCACCCCGGUCCAGUGCCCCCAACCCCCGCUGGAGGAGAACCACCUGGUCCUCCAGAGUCAGGACUCCAAUUCCGGGACAGUGCAGCUCUCCUGCGAGGAGGGCUACGUCCUGCACGGCGCCCAGUACCUCCGCUGCACCUCCCGCCAGGAGUGGAACGACACCUUCCCCGUCUGCAAGCAGGUGUUCUGCGGGACGCCCCCGGACGUGGCCUUCGGGGAGGCCUCCUCGGCGCCCUCGUACUUCGGGAGCGUGGUCGCCUACGCCUGCAUGGACGGGUUCACGCUGCGGUCGGCGGGCGCGGUCACGUGCCAGGCGGACGGCCGCUGGAGCGCUCCCGUGCCGGAGUGCGUCGCGGUGGAGUGCCCGCAGCCCCAGGAGGUGGAGCGGGCCCUGGUGGACGUGCAGGGCCUGAUGUACUUGAGCGUGGCCGUGUACAGCUGCAGGCCGGGCUACAGGCUGCGGGGGAACGCCACCGUGCUCUGCGGCCACCGCGGCCGCUGGAUCGGAGGGGUGCCCUCCUGCCAGCCCGUCGAGUGCCCCUCGCCCAAAAGCAUCGCCAACGGAGCGCCCUCCUACGACAAGCUCCAGUUCGGCCACGCGGUCACCUACUCCUGCCGGCAGGGCUUCCGCCUGGAGGGGCCGGGCACCCUCAGCUGCCUGGCCUCGGGAGAGUGGGACAGAGAGCCCCCCGCCUGCGUCCAGAUCUAUUGCACCCCACCCCGGCCCAUCGAGUACGGGUUCGUGGAAGGCCUGGACCACAAGUACGGGGUGACCAUCUUCUACAGCUGCUUCCCUGGGUAUCAGCUGGCGGGCCAGAACCACCUGACCUGCGAGGAGAAGGGGUGGUCCAGCCCCAUCCCCUCCUGCGUGCUCACCGACUGCGGCCUGCCCCCCCACGCCGACUUCGGGGAUUACGUGAAAGUGCCGGACCCCGCCGCGGCCAUGCCGGGCGACCUGACGUUCCCGCAGGGCGCGGUGGUGGCGUACCGCUGCCACGCCGGGUACGAGCUGAGCAGCGCCGCCCCGCUGUCCUGCCAGGAGGACGGCGCGUGGAACGGGACGGCCCCCCUGUGCCUGCCCGUCGACUGCCCGCCCCCUCCCGCCCCCGCGCACGGCUCCGUCCUCGUUUCGGACACCGCGCCGGGCAGCCUGGCGCAGUACGGCUGCGAGGACGGCUACGAGCUGCGGGGCCAGUCCGUGCGCCAGUGCCUCUCGGGGAGGCGGUGGAGCGAGAGCGCCCCCUUCUGCGGCCCCGUGUCCUGCGGGGACCCCGGGGCCCUCGCCAACGGCUCCGUCCUGGGAGACUCCUUCCUGUACCCCGCCACCGUCCGCUACCAGUGCUGGGAGGGGUUCCUCCUGCGGGGCGGGAACGCCAGCUCCUGCCUCCCCGACGGAGAGUGGGAGGGAGAGAAGCCGCUGUGCGAGCCGGUGUCCUGCGGACCGCCCGAGGUCCCCGCCGGCGUGGCGGUGGAGGGGGAUGAACACACCUUCGACAAGCGGGUCGCGUUCAGCUGCAAGCUCGGCUUCGUCCUGGAGGGGCCCUCCAGCAGCCUGUGCCUGGCCAACGGGAGCUGGAGCCACGCCGGCCCCUCCUGCCGGCCCGCGGUGUGCGGCAGACCCCCGGCCGUUCCCAACGGACACUCCCUGGGCUCGGACUUCGGCUACGACGCCGAGGUCCGGUACGAAUGCCAGGAGGGCUACACCCUCUCCGGCGGCGCCCGGCUGGCGUGCGGGGGCGACGGGCUCUGGAGCGGCGCCCCGCCGGAGUGCGUCAUCGACUCCUGCGACCCGCCGCAAGACAUCAGCCACGGCUUCCUGAACGGGAGCGGCUUCAGCUUCCGGGACGUGGUGGAGUACCUGUGCUUCCCGGGCUACCAGGUGGUGGGCAACCCCUUCCUGCGCUGCUCGGCCGGGGGCGUCUGGGCGGGCGCGGUGCCCGAGUGCCGGCCCUGCGCCUGCGCCCAGCCGGUGCUGAAGUUCGGGGCGGUGCUGGGCCGGGAGCACGCCUGCGGCGACCGGGUGCGCUUCCGCUGCGACGAGGGCUACCGAGCGCUGGGCCCCGCCCAGGCCACCUGCGAGAGGGGCGGAGUCUGGAGCCCGGGCGUGCCCAUCUGCGUGCGGGGCAGGUGCUCCGCCCCGCCCCCCGUCAUCGCCAACGCCGUCCUGCAAGGCGCCGGCACCGCCUCGGGCGACUCCGUCACCUACGGCUGCAGGGCGGGGCACCGGAUGGUCGGCAACCCCCACGUCACCUGCACCCGCGGCGGCCGCUGGAGCGAGCCCCAGCCCGCGUGCCGGCCCGUGUCCUGCGGGGCCCCGCCGGCCGUCCCCGACGCGCGGAUCGUCGGGAACGUCGUCUUCACCUUCGGGAGCCAAGUGCGGUACAGCUGCCUGAAGGGGUAUGAGCUGGAGACGGAGGCGGAGUCUCUGAGUUGCCUUAGCGACGGCAGCUGGUCGCCCCACGCCAUCAGAUGCAGGCCGCAGCCCUGUGCCCUGCCCGCCAACCUCACCGACGUCAUCAUCACCGGGGAGGAAGUCACUCCCACGGGCAGGACCAUCACGCUGUCCUGCGAGGAGGGCUAUCAUCUGGAGGGGCCCGCUGUGUCGGAAUGCCAGCCUGGCGGCAGCUGGUCUCCCCCACUCUCCUCUGGCUCCUGCGUGCCGGUCAGUUGUGGAAAGCCCCUCCCCCUUCACCACGGCAACGUUGUUGGGGACCGUUUUAACUUUGGCGACACGGUCGUCUACAAAUGCCUACCUGGGUUCCAGAUACAGGGUGAUUCCGUAAGGGUCUGCCAAGGAGAUAAGACCUGGACCGGCUCCAAGGCCGUGUGUGCUGCUGUGUCCUGCGGCCCGCCCCCGGCUGUGGAGAAUGCGACCGCCACGGCGACGGGCGAAACGUACCGGAGCACCGUCGGUUACCUGUGCAGCCCCGCGCUCCGACUGCUAGGCCCCCGGAACCUCACCUGUCUGGCCGACGGAACCUGGAGCCGGCCGACGCCCGCGUGCGAGGCUGCCCAGGCGUGUGAGGCCCCCAGAGAACCACUCAAUGGCAAGAUGCGAGAACACAGUCUGGCCACCGGGGGCGCCGUUGAGUUCCAGUGCAACGCGGGCUACACUCUCCAAGGGGAACCGCUCGUCCACUGCUUGAGCAAUGGGUCCUGGAGCGCUGAGUUUCCCGCCUGUGCACCCCUGCCCUGUCCCUCUCCCCCAGGGCUGAUGGAGCAGCGCAACACAACGCAGGAGUUCUUUGUGGGCCAGAAGGUGUCUGUCACCUGUCCGAAGGGCUAUCAGACCCAGGGCGUGGCCACCGUCACCUGCAAAAGCGACCAGACCUGGAGCUCCCCCAGCGUGGACUGUGAGAGGGUUGCCUGCGGUCCCCCGCUCCACGUAGCCAACGGCGUGGUGCGCGGGGCGGUCUUCCAGUUCGGAGACACGGCCGUGUACUCCUGCUUCGGAGGGUACGGCAUGGUCGGCUCCAGCAGGAGCGUUUGCCUGGAGAACGGCACCUGGACGCCGCCUCCCACCUGCAAAGCGCUGUGCUGGCUCCAGUGUCAGAACGGAGGGGCUUGCCUGAAGCCCAACACCUGCUCCUGUCCCGAGGGAUGGAUGGGCCGUCUGUGUGAGGAACCCAUCUGCAUUCUGCCCUGCCUGAACGGGGGUCGCUGCGUGGCUCCGUACCAGUGCGAGUGUCCCGCGGGCUGGAUGGGAACGCGAUGUCACAGCGCGGUGUGUCCCUCGCCUUGUCUGAAUGGUGGGAGAUGCAUCAGGCCGAACCGAUGCCACUGCAGUCAGGGAUGGACUGGACACAACUGCUCCAGGAAAAGAAAAUCAGGAUAUUUUCACUUUUAAAACUGAAACGCAACUCCACGUGAGGUGUUCUUCAGAAUAGCACGGUAUUCUUGCUGAACUAGAUACGGAACAUGAGAAUCAUUGUAAACCAUGAUUUUUUUAAAAGACUUUUUUUUUUUGUAAAAUAAAGCUGUAUUUUUUCAUAUAGAAAAUCAACAGUAUUAAUUAUAUGCUGCUAUAUACUUUUACUUGUAUUAUGUGUAAAAUUAUGAUGUGAUUGUCCAAUGUAUAUGUGUAAACUAUUCACAUUUUUAUUAAAGCAUAAAACACAAA